AGUAGAAGUAAGGUCCACAAGCGGACUAUUAAAAUAAGUAAGAUCUAGAUGUUGAGUGGUGCUCAUCCUAACAAGAUUGUUUACGCAUUGAUUGGCUUGCCGGUAAAAGUGCUUGAAUUGAAUCCUAUGGAAGCAAGUUGCCAAGUGCCUGCAAUCAUCCAAAAUCGGAGAAACAAUGUUAUUCACAUACUCAGAGUUAUUGAAAACAUCCACUAUAGCUUUUGUAUCCAUUUCCACUACUAGCGAUGAAAUGUUCAAGUUGCAGCACAGCAUUAGGCCAUCUUUGAACCCCCAAAGCUUAGCUGCAAAGCUGCUAGUGAUCCCAAUGCUUCUCAUGAAACAGCUACCCAUCGGCCAUUUUCAUCUCUCACAACACCCCCACAACUCGCCAAGCCUGAAUUAUCAACAGAAGAUCCAUCUGUGUUCAGCUUAAUCCACCCCUCCAACGGCCUUUCCCACCUGAUUCUCUUGAUGUUUUUAUAGGAAGGAGGUCUUGGAGAUGAAACACAGUGAGUAUACUCCAUUGCUUGACUCAGAAUCUCAGAUGCCAACUUGGGGUUCGUGUUCUUCCCUCUAAAGAUCGUUUGAUUCCUACCCUUCCAUAUGAGCCAAACUGUAAAUGGAAACACAACUUUCCACUACAGAUCUGAACGGAUGUGCCUCCUGCCUAGACUACCAUUAUAAAUCAACCAAUCCUGUAGAAUUUUCUCCCAAAAAUCUCGAUCCUCCACCAUAACACUCAACUACCUCCACACAUGCCUGGUAUGAGAGCAAUCUCAAAGGGAAUGGAUUAUAGUCUCUGGCUCCCUGAGACAAAUGGGACACCUAUCCUUCUCCGCUACCCCUUUUCUCACAAGACAAGUUUUAACUCCAAUGCUAUCAUGAACACACAUCCAUAAAAAUGUUUUGAUCUGAGGGAGAAUGUCUGCCUUCCAAAUCCAGCUUCCUAAAAAUUAAGUCAUUAUCUCAAAUCCCGAAGCCAAAACAUAGGCACUCUUGAGAUUAAGGCAAUGUUUGGAUCCACGUUUAACCACGUUUGCGUCUGCGUUUGUUAUAAAUUGCUGGGAUCCACGCUACAAAACGUGGAAACGGGAAAAGCAGGCUGAAGGAGAAACGCGCAAAGGAAGUUAGGAAAUGCAAAAAAUCACUCGCAACGCACCGUUUCAUUAAACUCCUCUAGUUAGUACUGUUCAUGGACCAACUCUCUUCAUUCUCAUCACAGAUAUGCAACGUUUAAUUAAAAAACCGGUCUUGCGCGUCCUGUUCAUCCUUGCGCGUCCUGUUCAUUGUUUUGUGAGCGUACUGUUGAACAAAAUGAAGUUGUUAUGAUGCCCAUCACAAAACAGUACGCAACGGCUAUUUUCUUCUCUCUCUCACAAACCUGAAAGCUUUCUUUUCUUCUCUCUCUCAACUACCUUGGUUCAAUGCCUUCAAUGCUGGUUGUUGCUCCGUCCAAGUCGUCUUCAAUGCUUUGCACCUACCCACAAACCACAAAACCAUCAAAACAGAGAAGAAAAGGAACUCAGAAACCCAUUAGCCGAACCUCUCUAAACCACUCUCCCCUGUUCUUCCUUCACUCGAGUGAAUCUCCUCUCCGUUGUGGACACCGUUGCCGCCGCUGUGGGUCUCCGCAUUCAUCGAAGGAAGUUCUAGGAAAAAUGGUUAAGGAGAAAUUGAAGGAUGGUGGUAGUAAUGAUCAGAGAGCUGACUGGAAAGACCCUAAGGAACUACAAGCCUUUUGUCAAUUAUGUGCUACUCAAGUCCUAGCCGGCCAGAGGAAAGGAGGGUUUCUGACCAAACUUGGGGUUGACAACGUGAUUGAACAGUUGGGUAACAUGGGGAAAGUGGUGACUCCACUUCAGAUUAAGAACAAAUGGGAUCAUCUGAAAAAAGGGUGGAGGGAUUAUAACCAGUGUUUUGACAAUGAGAUUGGGUUGGGUUAUGACUCGGGAACUAGGAUGCUUGAGGCCCCUGAUGAGUGGUGGACUCGAAAGAUUGCGGCAUGUCCCCUUGCAAAAACCUUUAAAAAUAAAGGUUUGCCGAAUCGUGACUACCUAAACAUCAUGUAUGGAGGCACGGUUGCAACAGGGAAAAAUGCGUUUUGCACGAGCGGUCAAUUACCAAAGGAAACCACCGAAGGUUCUGGGGACUCUGCUGAUAGCACAGAAUUUGUUAACCUCCAAUGUGAACCGUUUGUGAAUGUUAACGCAAUGGAAGUUGAAGGUCCAUCAUUGUUGAGGGCAGAACCAGCAGUGAGUAAGGGGAAAGGCUUGGCAACUAGUGUCCACCUUUUCAAGCCAAUGUACAAGAAAAAAAAAAAAAAAAAAAAAAAAAAAGGCAUUCAGUUGCGCAAGAGAUGUCCGACUCUUUGAAGAGCAUCUCAAAUGUGAUUGUUGAGAGUAGAAGUGGAAGUACACGUAAGGAUAUUGCUUUCACAGCAACUACUUAGGUUAAAGCCAUUUUGGACAUGGUGUUGAGUCUUCCAGGGGUGUACUCGGGGCAUUACCUUCAUCUGUUUAGCACCAUCUACUUCAUGGAAAAAGAGUGGGGUAGGCACAUGUUUCCUGCCCUUGGCAAUGACAAGGAUAUCCAACUGAAGUGGCUAGAAAAAGAGUACCAAAGGCACCCUGAAUUCCAUUUUGACUGAAGGAAAGAAAAUUGUCUCGAUAGGAACACGGGCUUGGUGUAGUAAUUGUAUUUUCAGCGUUGUAUUUGUUGGACCAUUGUUUUUCUUUUUUCUUUUAUUGGUAGAACUAAAGCUUACCAUGGCUAUGUAUGUAAGACAAAAUUUAUCAUUUCUAUGUCAACUUUUGGGUAUAUUUAUAUAUGUUUUCCCAAUGCCUC